UUUUGAAACUGUAUUCUACCUGGUUUUGAUUAUCUGUGAAUCUCUAAUGUGAUGAUUUUGUGUUUACUCAUUAUCACCAACCCAUUUUAUUAACAAGCUUCUGGAAUCGCCCAACUGUACUGGUUAAUAACUUGGCAAACUCUUGCUGUUUGAACGAUAUAUCAAAACAUUAUAUGGCUAGUUUGAGAGCAUUUAUUGUCGGUAGUACUGGUGAAACAGGAAAAGCAUUGAUAAAAGCCUUAGCUAAAGACACUAGAUACAGUUCUAUCAAAUUAAUUCAAAGGCGUAAAACCGAAGUUGAUUAUGGUCUUGGCAGUAAAGAUGCUGAAAAUCGUUUCACUCAGGUUAUUAUAGAUUUUGACCGUUUAGACGAAUAUCAAGAAGUAUUUCAAGAUACUGAUGUAGGCUUUUGUGCUCUUGGAACAACCUGGAGAAAGUCAGGAAAGGAAAAAAUGAGGAUUAUAGACCAUGACUAUGUAAUUCAUGUUGCAAAGUUAAGUUCUGCAGCUGGUUGCCAAGAAUUUCAUCUUGUUACUUCAAAAGGUGCGAAUAAAAACAGCAUGAUUUUUUAUCUGAAACUCAAAGGGGAAAUAGAAUCAGAUUUAAUAUCGCUUAAUUUAUUCCCGAAAUGUCUUGCAAUCUAUCGUCCCGGUACUUUAUUAUGUUCACGUGUUGAGUCACGACCAGCUGAAAGAGCUUUUAAAAUUUUAUUAAAACCUGUAGCAUAUCUUACACCUACAUUAUUAACAACACCAAUUGAUAUCCUUGCUAAGGCUAUGAUUAAUGUUCCAUUUAAUUCCCAGUUAAAAAUUGAUUCAUCUGAACAGCAUGAAAAAUCAUUACCUAAAAAUGUGCAUAUUUUCGAAAAUUCUGAUAUUUUCUUGCUUGCAUCAGAUAGUCAGUAGAUAUUGAAAUUGCGCUUUAACUUUGAAGUAAGCUAUAAUUACAUUUCAGAGUUAUAUUACAUCAUUCUAAUGACGCUUUAUUCAACUGAUGAAAUCGAUGAAUUCAUUUCACUUAUCCCAAUAUUUUUCCGUGUGAAUAGUAUCAAUCAUUCCUGACGUGUUGCUUUUAACUUAUUAGUCUAAUUAAAAAAACUUGCAUUGAGUCGCGCCACAAAAAGUACUUGUUUUUACAUUGUUUGUCUUUCCUUUGAUGACUGUUUUUUUUCAUUAUCUUACUAUUAUUUGUCUUUAUCACUAUGUAUUAUCACUAUUUGUUACAAAGUACUUAGACGAUUUAUAAUCAAACCUAAAUGUUUGGUUGACUUACGUUUUUUUUACAUGAAAUUGUAUUAUGGUUUUUAUUUACGUGAUGAUAAAUUUCAACUUUAAAUAUUGUAUGUAAAUAGUAU